AUAAUAAUAUGAAUACCCAAAUGAGUGAUACCCAGGUAGAGAUGUCUGCCAAGUUCGUCCAGGAAGCCCUUAACUUCUGCUCUAAUAGUGUGUUUAAAGGAAGCCACAGAGUUACUACUAUGGACGAUAAUGAGAAGCUCAUGGUAAAGAACUGCUUUAAGAAAUACAUGUCUAGCCCAAAUCUUGUCGCUAAGGUGUUGCAGAAUCAGAGUUUCUAAGAGAUUUGUUAUAAUUAUUCAAAGUAUACCUUUUGGGAUGGGAAUGCUGCUUCUGUUUAGUCCUUGGCAAUACAAAAUAUAGCUUAAUAGUGGAUAAUACUGCUUGUAUACAAAUAUCUUUCUAAGGAUACAACUUGAGUGUUGCUCUUUGGUAAGAUCCUGCCAUAGUGAGCAAAGCAUGAAUUUCUUGUUCAAAAUAUUUGCAAAAUUUAUUAGCAAGCCUUGGGAAUAUACAAUAGUUCUUCC